UGGAACACGAACACACAACUUUAAGCUCAAACUUUAUUUAAACAGUUGCAGUCAGUCAUUUGAUUCUUUGCAAAUCAAUUAAGAAAGAAAGAUUUUAAUGCCUACUCCUACUAUUCUUCCUCCUAUUCAACUAUGGACUGCUGCCGUGCGAUUCAUCAACUUAGGUAGAAUAUUAUCAACGACGUUGAUAAUAUGGCAGUUGCUAAUAAUGGUAACAGGAAGCAAGUAUCCUGUUGUUGUUGUUCUUACUGGCAGCAUGGAACCCGGUAUUCGAAGGGGUGAUAUUUUAUUCCUAAAUACCAUGAAGAAAAGUCCUAUUCAACCAGGAGAGAUUGUUGUUUUCAAGAUUGAGGGAAAGGACAUUCCUAUUGUUCAUCGUGUAAUUAAGAUCCAUAUGAAGCAUGAUUCAAAUGAAGUUAAUUUGUUGACAAAAGGUGAUGCUAAUCUAUUGGAUGAUAGUUAUGGGAUAUAUGCAGACGACCAGCUAUGGCUUGAAAAUCAUCAUAUUAUAGGAAGAGUUAUGGGGUAUGUUCCAUUCAUUGGUUGGGCAACAAUCCUCAUGACUGAGAAGCCUCUCUUCAAGCUGAGAGAUAGAGAUUGUUUAGAGAUGAGUGUACGUCGAUGUCUUGCGGUCCGACUCGUUACCAUCGGAAUGAUAUUGACAUCAUUAAUGCCGGCAUGGAAGGUAAUCACGUUCGUUGUAGGAUGCGAUACCCCUGUUAUCGUUGUCGUAGAUCCUAGCAUGACACCUGGAAUUGUGAAGGGGGAUAUCUUAAUCAUAAAAAGGCCAAGAUCUCCACUCGAAUGUGGAGACAUUAUUAUUUUUGCUAUCAAGGGGGAUAUCUUAAUCAUAAAAAGGCCAAGAUCUCCACUCGAAUGUGGAGACAUUAUUAUUUUUGCUAUCGAGAAAGGUGGACCUCUCGUUGUUCAUCGCGUUGUACAGGUGAAUUUUUUUCGGGAUACAGGAAAAGUUUAUCUAUUGACUAAAGGAGACAGUAAUCCUGAGGAUGAUAGAAUUGAUUUAUAUAAGAAAGAUAAAGAUUGGAUUAAGCAAGACGAGCUUGUGGUUGGAAAAGCGAUUUGGUAUAUUCCACACAUUGGUUGGGUAUUGCUCUUUUUAGACAAUCAUCCUACUGUCAAGUAUCUGGUGAUAGGAGCAAUCAGCAUACAACUCCUUAAAAGAACAGUUCUUUCAGGCAAACAUUUGUAAAGCCGACUCGUUUUGUUUAAAGACGCGGUGCGGUUAAAGGGAAGCGCCAGAGCGGUAGUGACGGGCAG